GAACUUUCUAAAAAACAAAACACCACAGAACUUCAUAGGCCACCUUCGGGCUGACAAAACUCCAGCAGAUUUCUAUUUACUCUAUUAAUUAAAGAUCAGCUUCUAUAUUCCUGUGCAGAUAGACAAGUGAUGUAAAGGGGGAGUCGCUCAAGCCUCUCUUUUUAUUUGGAAAGGUUUAUUUAAAAAACAAGAUCGUCUGCUGAGAAAAAAAGUCUGCAUUGAGUUGCAUGACAUGACUCCCUGAGCUUCGCAGAGACACUAGAACAGCCCCUUAGAGAAUAUCCGAACUGAGAACGUACUUCAUGCGGCAAGCCUAUAGAAUGGAGGGGUAUAUCUUAGCACCUCCUGCAGAAGAAAUGAUUUCGUAUGAUCCUGAAAUUUACAGACAACCCCAUGAAUAUUAUCCCUAUCUGAGCAGCGACGGAGAAAGCCAUGGAGAUCACUGUUGGGAUUACCACCCGCACCACAUCCACAGCAGUGACUUCGAGACUUUCCAUGAGAAUAACUUCACUGAGUUACAGAGCGUCCAGCCUCUGCAUCUGCAGCAGCUUCACCGUUACACUGAAAUCGACCCCCUGCACACCAUUGACCCCUCUCUGGGGGCCACACACGUUGGACUAUCCCCACCGUUUGUUGCUGGCACCUGGAAACCUGAAUGGAAGUUGGUUUCACCAAAUAUGCAGACUAUACCUGAAAAUAAAACUCACGGCAAGGUCCAGUAUUUGCAGCGAGUUUUUCCUUUCCAGUCUCCAGCCCAGCGCAGUUCGGAUGAUGAUGACUUGGAGAGACGGAGCCCUCCCUUCGAGGUGUCUGACGGAGAGACAGACCCUGCGGGCAGUAUUUCUUAUGCUGCCGCUGGAGAAUCAGGAAGUAAGAAGAAGAUCCGCUUGUUCCAGUUCCUGCUGGACCUGCUGCGCAACGGGGACCUGAAGGACAGCAUCUGGUGGGUGGACAAAGAGAAGGGGACCUUCCAGUUCUCCUCCAAACACAAGGAAGUCCUGGCCCACCGCUGGGGGUUGCAGAAGGGCAACCGCAAGAAAAUGACCUACCAGAAGAUGGCCCGGGCACUCAGAAACUACGGCAAGACCGGCGAGGUGAAGAAAGUGAAGAAAAAGCUGACGUACCAGUUCAGUGGCGAGGUGCUGGGGAGAAGCAAUGACAGAAAGAUGUACUCACACUGAUACAACUUCAGAGCUGAGGGAAAACCCACAGCAAAGCCUUAAAGACUGCAGCCAAAAAAAAACUCUUUCGCUUUCAUAGAGUGCAUUGAAAUAUCGAAUUUACAGGCACAUAAAAACAGAACAAAACAGGUAGUCAAUUUGCUAACAGUUUACAUUCAGUGUCUCUAAUUACUGUUCAUUUACAUAGUCGUUACUUAAUAAGUAAAUGUGUACUGACACAGAAGUACAAUGUUAUUAUGCAUAGUUACAAUGUGCUUAAUGUGUAAAUGUUUCUGCACAAUAUAUGUAAGUACACAAUUGUAUCAAAAAAGGGUUAGGGUAAUAUCGCGCAAAAAAUGUCCACAUUAAAGACAUUGUAACUAUGCAUUGUAAUUGUGUGUAAUUACACAUGUAUUUACUAGGUAGCGACUAGGUAAAUACACAGUCGUUAGUGACACUUAAUCACUAGACGAGUGCAAUGCACUGAAGGAGUUUAGCUUAUACAUACUGGUGACUGGCUGAGAGGAGCCUUUCUAAUUAAAACAAGAUGUGCAUUGGUUCUGAUAAUACUGUUAGCUCAUUUAGAUGUAUAGCUUUCCACUGGCAAAACUGUUUGCAUUGUACAUAGCAUGUAUGUGGCCAUAAUCUCAGCUCCAAACCCGCUGCCUCGCGUCCAAAGGAAGCAUGUACUGUACAGUUGCUUUCAUAGCAAUGGCCAAUCAUGCCGUUUCCAUUGCUGUCGGAUCUAGAAGGCUAUGUCAAUUGUGUUCAUCAGAGGUCGAACAGACCUUAAACAUCUGCACUGCCACGAAUGCAAUGUUAAAAGACCCCGAGACAGAAUGAGUGAAAAUGCUUUUUUUUUUAACAGUCAGUUGCAAGCUCUUACACCUGCCAGGACAUUGAAUUCAAGGGAGAUGCUGCAUUUUUUUGUACACUUUGAUAACUGCACAUGCCAUACUUUUGCACUGAUAAAUAUCAAUCUGGGGAUUAUCUCACCUUUUCCGAUGACGUAAGCAUUAAAACCGGGAAAAAAACUCACGAACAGAAUUGCAAAAGCAGGAGUGAUAAAAGCUCUUCAUAUUCCCACUGUUGUUAUGUUACUUUGAUGUUGUUUUAUUUCAACUGGGAAUGUAGCUUGAUUUGCAAACCACUGGACAAUUAAUACAAACAUGAAAGAGAAGUAGUAAAUAUAUUUUAAACCAGCUGAAUGUAUCCAUUAGAAAAAAAUAUUGUCGACUGUAUCAAACAAUGCACUGCAAUAAAAACGGAUUAAAUAUG